UCCAAAAAAUUAAAUUUAUCUGCGUGUUUCGUAAAUGGCUCAAAAUGAUAUUAUGGAUUGGUUUAAAGGAAUACCAUUGAUCACAAGAAUAUGGUUUUCUUUAUCAAUUAUUAUUCCAUUAGCUGGAAGAAUUGGUUUGCUAAAUCCUUAUUAUAUGAUUUUAUUAUAUGAGCCUACAAUCAAACAUUUUCAAUUAUGGAGACCUAUAACAGCUUUGCUUUAUUAUCCCAUAUCUCCCGCAACGGGCUUUCAUUAUCUACUUCUGUUAUAUUUUCUAUAUAAUUAUUCAGUACAAUUAGAGACAGGAACAUAUGAUAGAAGACCUGCAGAUUAUUUAUAUAUGCUUAUGUUUAAUUGGCUUUCACUUGUUAUAAUUGGCCUUCUUUCUAGAGUUAUGCUCCUUCUUGAUCCUAUGGUUUUGAGUAUGUUAUAUAUUUGGUGUCAAUUAAAUAAGGACGUUAUAGUUUCAUUCUGGUUUGGAACACAAUUCAAAGCAAUAUAUCUACCAUGGGUUUUAGCUGCUUUUAAUAUGAUUUUGCAAGGAAGUGCCAUGAGUGAAAUAUUGGGUAUAUUGGUGGGUCAUCUAUAUUUUUUUCUUAAGUUUAAAUAUCCGCAAGAGAUGGGUGGAAGAUCAUUUCUUGAAACACCAAAUAUUUUAUACAAAUAUCUGCCAAAUCGGGUAGGUGGCGUCAGUGGAUUUGGAGCUCCACCUGUAUACCGCUCUGCGACUACUACGAGGGAUAGCGAAAAUGAUACUAGUGGGGAUAUUACUUCCACUAGGCGAAGAUAUGCUUGGGGUCAGGGAAGGAGAUUAGACGAAUGAAUAUUCCUCCGCUGCUUUGAUUUUAUAUAGUAUUCCUGUUAUUAAAUUUGUCUAAUAACACGUCUUUUCGAUGUAUUCGAACAAUAGAUUGUUUUUAUAAGUAAUUAUAUAGAAAAAUAGACAUUUUUGGGACCUAUUUAUAUUUCGAUCGCCAAAUAUUUUAUUUAAUUGUAAAUAAUA